AUACUCCGCUCCCACUACUGGCGCAACAACAAAGAUACUAUACCCGAAUGUGACCACCACGAGAUUAGUCGCACCUGCGGUGAACUCUGGAAAGCCUUGUCGUCUGAAGAGCAGCAAGUUUACCGAGACUUGGCUGAUGAUGCCAAGAAGGAUCACCGUGCGAAGUAUCCCAACUACAAAUUUAAGCCAGUGCCGCGAAAGAAAAAGACGAGGAAGAGAGUAGAUCCAUAUCCUCAUAUCAUAGAGGGUGCCAGGUUCGAAAUGUUGAUCGGAGGGGGAAUUAAUGGGGUGAAGCUGGAGAGGGCAGUGGAGAUGAAUGAUACUAUGCGCGAGGCCCCUUCUCCCUCAGCUAUCACCAACAGAGACCAAAUCGCUAUCUCGAUGCUCCAGUUUUCUGCUUCUGGGUGUCAAGAAGAGUUCAUCUGCAGUGAGGAAGAAAUUCUCAUCCCCACCUCAGGCUGCAACGUUCCAUCACUCGUCCUAGAUGCUCCCAACCUAGAAAUGGUCUGUCGAUUCUUUUUUCCGCCACAAUAG